CCACCAAUUUCUUUUAAACCCUAAGUCUGGAGCUCCCCACGCCAAUCUUCCCGACGCCGCUCAUUCAAUCUUCUUCUCAACACUCUCUAAAAUGGUGAAGAAAAGCAAGAAGAGUAAGAGCAAGAGAACAUCGCUGAAGAACAAGUACAAGGUCAUACGGAAGGUGAAGGAGCACCACAGGAAGAAGGCUAAGGAAGCCAAGAAAGCGGGCCUCCAUCGUAAGUCCAAGGUUGAGAAGGACCCCGGCAUCCCCAAUGACUGGCCCUUCAAGGAACAGGAGCUCAAGGCUCUUGAGGAUCGUCGUAAUCGAGCUCUAGAGGAACUGGAACAGAAGAAAGCUGCCCGCAAAGAGAGGGCUAAGAAGAGAAAGCUGGGCCUCCUUGAGGACGAUGACUUGUCAAAACUUGCAGACAUGGCUUCUGCAAAAGAGCAGAAGUAUGUUAGUGAAAAUAUUGAGGAUAGUCGUAUAACUGUGGUUGGUAAAAAUCACGAUAACUCGGAUCGGGCUUUCUACAAGGAACUAGUCAAAGUUAUUGAAGCUUCUGACGUUAUUUUGGAAGUCCUUGAUGCUAGGGAUCCACUUGGUACCCGUUGCAUGGACAUGGAAAAUAUGGUUAUGAGAUCAGGACCUGACAAACGUCUUAUAUUGCUCCUUAAUAAAAUUGAUCUAGUCCCUAGGGAAGCUGUUGAAAAGUGGCUAAAGUAUCUCCGAGAGGAAUUCCCAGCAGUUGCUUUCAAAUGUAACACUCAAGAGCAGAAGUCAAACUUGAGCUGGAAAUCUUCAAAGGCUAAAAAAAAGACUGUCAAUCAAUUUCAGACAAGUGAUUGUCUUGGUGCAGAAACACUUCUAAGUCUGCUUAAAAAUUACUCAAGAAGCCACGAAAUAAAAAAAUCCAUCACAGUGGGGAUUAUUGGUUUACCCAAUGUCGGAAAAAGUAGUUUGAUUAAUAGCUUGAAGAGAUCGCAUGUCGUCAAUGUUGGCUCUACACCAGGGUUAACAAGAUCAAUGCAAGAAGUCCAUCUAGACAAGAAUGUCAAACUAUUAGACUGCCCUGGUGUUGUUAUGCUUAGAUCAAGCGAGAAUGAUGCAUCUAUUGCUCUUCGUAACUGCAAGAGAAUAGAGAAGUUAGAUGACCCAAUUGGUCCAGUCAAGGAGAUUCUCAAACGUUGUCCCGCUUCAUCGCUGGUAACGUUGUACAAGAUUCCUGACUUCGACACAGCAGAUGAUUUUCUUUGUCAGGUUGCCACCGUAAGGGGUAGACUUAAAAAAGGCGGCAUUGUUGACAUUGAUGCAGCAGCUCGGAUAGUUCUGCAUGACUGGAAUGUGGGUAAGAUUCCUUACUUUACAAUGCCCCCACAGCGGAAUGAUGUUGAGCAUUCAGAAGUGAGAAUUGUUUCAGAAUUUGGGAAAGAAUUCAACGUAGAUGAAGUUUAUGGCAAGGAAUCAUCGUUCAUUGGCAGCCUCAAGUCUGUUAAUGAGCUGAACCUAGUUGAGGUCCCAUCCAACUGCCCGGUUAACUUUGAUGAGAACAUGCUUGAGGACAAACCACAACCACCACCUCCCAGAACUGAAGAUGUAAAGGGAGACGAUGAAGCCAUGGGGUUGGAGAAGGAAGAAGGAGAAGAAGAGAAGGGAGGUGCCAAAAGCGACAAUAGGAAGCAAAACGAGAAGCUAUACGAUGUGGAGGGUAUGCUUAAUCCCAAAUUGAGAAGAGCCGAGAAAAAGAGGAGGAAAAAAGACAAGAACUCCGCGGAAAUGGAUUGCAACGAUUAUGAUUUCAAGGUGGAUUAUGUCAAGAGCAACUCCGCUAUGGAUGGUGUCAGCGAGAAUGUUGUCGCUGCUGAUUAUAGUAGCAGCACAAACAGAUUUGAGCUACCCUCUGGGGUUACACUGGAGAAUGAGUAGUGGGAGUUUUGCAUGGAAUCUGUCCUUUUUUUUCCAUUACCUAAGUAUGAAUGCAUAGGGACUUGGAGUUUUUGUUUAUUUAUACCCAUUGAUGUAUUGUUUUUUUUGUGUAGGCCUUGUGUCUUUGCCUUUUUAAUUGCUACUCCGGACUAUAAAGAAGGUCUUCAAGGACAGAUUUAAUGUUUUUUUUACUUCCAGAUAAACGCAGAAGUUAAGAAGAUAAUAGGUGGAUGUUUCUCCAUGUUUAUCAUGUUUAUGUGGGUCAAAAUUUAUUAUAAGCAAUUUUUAAUUUAAAAGUUAGUUGGUGAUAUGUUUUUCUGUAUUUAUAAGUUGUUUUAUAAGUUGGAAAAAAUAAAUAAAUAUUACCUAUUUAG